AUGUCCGCUUCCAACGUCGAUGCCCAAGCUCUGGCCGACAAGGCCCAGCUCAAGAUCCAGAAGCGCAAACGCUUCGAGGCCGUCUUCCCGCUUUUGGUCGAGGAGCUCACCUCUUACCUUGCCUCGGAAAACAUGCCUGCUGAAGCCAUCGACUGGUUCCGUCGCAACCUCGACUACAACACACCGGGCGGUAAACUCAACCGUGGUCUCUCGGUCGUCGACACGGUCGAGAUCCUCCUUUGUACCGACGCUGCUACCGGUAAGCUCUCGCGUCAGCUCACCGAGCCCGAGUACCUCAAGGCUGCCAUCCUCGGCUGGUGCAUCGAGCUUCUCCAGGCCUACUUCCUCGUUGCUGAUGACAUGAUGGAUGCAAGCGUCACGCGCAGAGGUCAGCCCUGCUGGUACCGCGUCGAGGGCGUCGGCAACAUUGCCAUCAACGACGCCUUCAUGCUGGAAGCUGCCAUCUACUUUUUGCUCAAAAAGCACUUCCGCUCUGAGCCGUACUACGGCAUGCUCCUCGAACUCUUCCACGACGUCACCUUCCAGACUGAGCUCGGCCAGCUCAUUGACCUUAUCACCGCCCCAGAAGACUCGGUCGACCUGUCCAAAUUCUCGCUGCAAAAGCACCACCUCAUCGUCGUGUACAAGACCGCCUUCUACUCGUUCUACCUCCCCGUCGCCCUCGCCAUGCGCAUGGCCGGUGUCACCGACGAGUCUCUCUACAAGCAGGCUCUCAAUAUCCUCCUCCCCAUGGGCGAGUACUUCCAGGUCCAGGACGACUUCCUUGACUGCUACGGUACCCCGGAACAGAUCGGCAAGAUCGGCACCGACAUUUUCGACAACAAGUGCUCCUGGAACAUCAACGUCGCCCUCCAGCAUGCUACCCCUGAGCAGCGUCAGGUCCUCGACGCCAACUAUGGCAAGAAGGACGCAGAAUGCGAGAAGCGCGUCAAGGAUGUGUUCAACCAGUCCAACAUUGACCUCCGCAGCCGCUUCCAGAAGUACGAGGCCGAGUCGUACGAACAGAUCAACACGCUCAUCAACAACCUCCCCGAGUCGCAAGGCCUUCGUCGUGAAGUCUUCCGUUCUUUCCUCGACAAGGUUUACAAGCGAUCCAAGUAA